AUAUUUGUCAUCCAUUGACAACCCUGUUCGGUGAACUUGAAUUUAGUUAUUUUCGUGUGCUGUGCGCCGAUAAACCGAAUUGUGGUGAAAUAUCCGUCUCGAAAUAUUGACCGAUACCCGAUUGGAGAAUGGGCAACAGCGCAUCCCAGGGAGUCCCAGCUCCAAGUGUUUCGGCCGCCCAGCCGGUGACCACCGCAUCCGCAGCGUCCGCAUCUGGCGAAAAGCCCAAGUGCAAGGCCUGUUGUGCCUGUCCGGAGACCAAGAGGGCACGUGACGCCUGCAUUGUGGAGAACGGAGAAGAGAACUGCUCGGCGCUGAUAGAGGCACACAAGAAGUGCAUGCGCGAUGCCGGCUUCAAUAUAUAGAUAGACCGGCACAUCCUGGGAUGAAGGCACCAGGAUUAUAGGAUAACACUAGUCCUGCACGAAACACCCAGUGCCACAACCCGCAUACCCAGUCCCUGUUUGUUUUUGUUGCAUCUCAAGCUAAUUAUAGAACUAAAUUAAUUGAAAGCCAA